AUGAGUGAGCAAAGAAAACAAAAAACAAGUCUCGGUAGACUGUGUGUAUUAUGCCUAAACCUAAAAAAAUAGUUGGAUCCAUUCUUCCAAGACGCAUUUUACCAGUUAUAAACAGCAGUGCAACUUGCAAUAAUGACAGCAAAUGGAAAUUUAGCAAUUCACAGAGCUGUGCAAGAGAUAAUUGAAAUGUUGCAUUUUGCCACAGAUAAAACAACAGGGACUGUCUUCAAAAGUUUGAAACUGAACAUCAAAACAGCUGGAAAAGAAGAUGAAAAUGAAGCAUGUUUGUUUCAUUUAAAAUUACAUUCCAGUUCAGCCAAUUCAGAAGAACUUUUGUCCAGCUUAACACAAACACAGGACAGUGAGCUGCUUCCUGUCCUGAGUGCCAUGCAGUUCACCGAGGAUGAGAGUCACUUGUGUAUCCAGUAUCUCCAGUCUCCCGGCCUGAUGACACAAAAGAGUUUCCAAGUCCUCCCCAGUGAUGACCAGUCUUCACUUGUCCUUCACUGCCUUAACACCUCCACAAAGUCUUCAAAAAAAGCAGGGGGAGUCACUCUACAUCUCCGAAUCCUCCUCUCCAAAACCUUGAUGAUGCUUGAAUGCCAGAAAAUUUACAAGUAUCUUUGGUUAUUCAAGAUUUUCAACCCAAAGAUGCACCUGGAGUUCAAUAUGAAAAUCUUCGAGAAUUUGUGUGAAUCUGAUUUGAGGUUUGAAAAUGUAUUGUUCAUUUUUUAUAAAACAUAUAUCCCAAUUUAUUCUUUUUGGGUAUUUCAAAUCCUUUUUAGUAGGGGGGGUUAAGAAGUGUUAAAAAGAUGACACAAAACCAUCUCCAGGCAUCAUUAACACAGAUAUCAUACCCCAGGAAAGCUAUUUUUCGAACCCGUUUAUAUCUCAAUUAGUUUUUACCGGGGUACCUUACUUUUAUCCUAUCUAAAAAAAUACUUAAUUAAAAAUAUUUCAAAUUGUUUGGAAUAAUUCUAGAUUGAUCUCUCUUAGUUUCCGUCAAUUUUUAGAAUAAUUUUUUUAUGUGUAUUGCUUUUCAACAAGCCAUAUUUAGAACAGACUAUCAACUACAGAUAUAAUAUUUUUCAAUCAAAUGUAGAAUACAUAUCAUUAUGUUAAAUCACUUACAUGUGGAUAUAAUUAAAAUCUAUCAGGAAUGCAAAUACCUGACAUGAUCAAACAAUUAAAUAAUUGGGCUAAAAGCAAGAAGAAUGCUAGGAUCUAGAAAUAACACAAUGAAUAAAAAUGAGGAUAAUUGUAUCUUUUCCAGUUGCACAUCGUUGAAUGUAUCAAGAAGUUUGUUAGAAAUAUGUGGAGAUCCAUCCUAUUUUCUAAGAAACACCUCCUAUAGUUGUUCCACUCCGUGUUUGGUGCCUGUCUGUAGUGAGGUAACUCCGUUGUUUGUGAGGACAGACAAUUCCUCCCGUCCUUACACUGUCUCGCUACAAGUGGUAGCUCAUAUGAACUUCAUACAAGGAGGAGGAAUUGGCAAACAUAGAACUUGUGCCAAACAGGGACUGAUAAAACUGUAUCUGUUUGGGCCCGAUGCUGUCCCAGUAUUCCCUGUCUUAGAAGACACACGUGUCCAGUAUAAUCCUCUGGAACAGAUUCGAUGGAAUAUAUAUGGUCUGAACUUUUAUAACAGUAGUGUUUCGGUGAAAGACAGGUUUUCAAGUCAUUUUGCUGCACUGCUAGAGUCAACCGUGCCACAGACACAAAGAAAGGAGGACAGAAAGUUCAUUCUUUUUAUCCAUGUACAUUUUGGUGUAAACGGUAGGACUGCACAGACAAAGAUAGAAUUGAAUAUGUGGUUGCGUAAUAAUUACCCCAGUAUUUUGAAAGACCAUCAACAGGAUAUUGAGAAGAAUAUUUCACAGGUAGUGGCCUGCCUGCUCAAACCACACCAGGAAACAGACAAAAAGACAGAGUGUUACACCAAGGCAAUCCCCAACAUGGCCAAAUCGAUAGCCUAUAUCCUGUCCCACAGUGGUAAUGAGGAAUUCCGCCAAAGCUGCUUCAGUCUUCUCUCGAUCAAUAACAGUCGAGAUGUGGAGUCAGAAGUCACCGACAGAUUAUGGGACAUUGCCAGUAAAAGGUGUGGGGUCAGGGGUCAUACUGGAGGAAGAGGGCAUUCACUGACCAACUUGUCUGACCGUGACAAAGACUCUGCAGAAAUUAUUUCCACAAAUCUAGAAAAAGAUAUUUCUGCAGAAGAAGGAUUAACAGACAAUAGACAAGAGAUUUCUAAAUAUGGUGGUUGCAAUGGAGGCCAAGAAACCUCUGCAGGGAGUUGUUUUGUGGAUGGACAACAGGAAGCCACUGCAAGCAGUUACAAAGACUUGGGGCAUGAAUUAUUUACCAGAUUUGAACAAGGCCAAGAAUUUUCUACAGAGGUUAAUUUCAUAGGCCAAAGACAAGAAACAUUUGCAGGGAAAGUAGGUUUCACAAAUAAUAGACAAGAAACAUUGAAUGAUUUUACAUAUCUAGAAAAUGAAGACUCUCGAAGGGAUGGUUUCAUUAAUUGCAGAAGACAAGAAACUGAUGGUUGUAGGUUUAGCGAAAUAGAACAUGGAGGUUAUGGUGGAAGUAGUGCCACUCAAGUACAAGGCAUUCAUGUAGGGAGACAUUUUACAGGUCCAGAAGAAAUGACAAGUGAUAUCAUUGGUCUUAGGCAAGAAACUUCUACAGAAUGUUGUGUACCAGAAUUUGCACAAGGAACCUACACUGGGAGUCAUUUUGCAGACCUAGAACUAGAAACCUUUGCAGAAUGUGGCGACACAGUUCCAGAAGAAACAUCCACCGUGAGUGGAUUGAUGAUGCACAAGACUCCAUUGCUUGAGAUGGGCAAUAACUCUAAGCAGGGAUGUAGAAGUUUGGGCUCAUCAAACAAAGAUUACUUGAAAGAAAUCUGUGGUGGUUUUCUUGAACCCUCUGGAGACACUGUUAACCACUGCUGGAUAUCCUCUGAACAAUAUAAAGGACAUUACAGGGUCUUCUCAACAUAACCAGCCAGUGGUAAACGCUGACUGUUUCUAUGAUCUUGUACAUAAGAGCCCGGAUAAAUUGAAUUUCUUUGCUAAACAAGGUGGAAUUCAAUGCUCUUUUCAGGGAGACUAUGGCAGACAGGGUGGUAAUACUGGUGGUGCUGGGGAUUCAUUUGAUGCUGUGCUGGAGGAUGUACAACAAUGGCUGGAUGAAGUUUAGUACAAGAGCAAAUCCAACAGUUUAAACUCCAUAUUACUGAAUAUAAUGAUGUGUUCAAUGUGUAAGAUAUCUGUGAUACUUAUUUACCGAAAUGGUCUGGUUAAUAAAAAAAAAAAAUCAUAAAUCGUGUCU